AUGAACUCGGCUUCAGUCAGUCGUUCGAAAGGUCCGGCUGUCUCGAGUACUGCCAAAUCGCACAGGAAAAUAAAUUUCUUGAAACGAGUGCUCCGACUGGUUUGGUGCGCGGUGCGGGCCACUGCUGCGGUUUUCUGGGCUUUUAUAUGUAUUCUUGUACCUUCAAUGGCUGAUCGUGCAGAAGCCGCUUUUCAUGAAUUGAAACAGGAAAUUGAUAAUGCUGUUAAAGAAGCCAUGAUGACCCAGGAUUAUGCCUUCAACAAACCAAAUGUCACUUUGACAGUUCAACCUGAUGGCCAAAAAUUUGCAAAAUCCCCUUCAAAGAUUACAUUUUUACACGACACUAGAGGAAAUAAUAAACAAUCAAAGAAGAAUGGACAUGGUUUGCACAGAAGACGAGUUGGAAUGGACACACAAGCGGUAACAAAAACUAAUAAACACCGGGCAAUUCUAUCAAUCACAAAAACUCACAACUCGGCCCGAGUUUAUAGUUCCAAAAAUUUGCGCAUAAUACCACCAACUAUUUCUGUCAAAUACCCGGAACCAAAUAAUGACAGCUCAUCUAUUUCGUUGUCUUCUUCACUUGUUCCUUCUUCUUCUUCUUCUUCUUCUUUUCAAACUCUUCCUUUUUCCUCUUCCAACAAUGUCGACGUUUUUCCUAACAAUUGUGCUUUUCGCAACCCUGUUUCUCUUCACAACUCUCAUCGAAAUAGAACUCAAUCCAUGGACUUGCGGCCCAUUUCACAGCCUGAUUCAAAAGAGCAGGUCGUCAGCGUCAACUCUUUGGACCUUUUUCUUCCCCAGGAAACAGGUGCAAACCAACCAUUAACCAUUUACCAAGAUGGGUACACUAACCAAAUCUACGAAAUAAAACACGAUUACCCAGAAAAUGAAGAAGACUAUACUGUGGUUCCGACGACAAAAAAUGUCCUCCAAAAUGCUACUCUACACUCUCUUAACAAGCAAAUGGACACUCAAACUAAAGUUUCUUUGCCAAAACAAAUGCCUUAUGCGAUAACUGCAGAUUGCACUGACGUGCAAAAUGAGUGCGCUGGGGAAAUCCCCAAGAUUGCUUCAUCUGGUACUUUUUUGGCCUCUGCAUCUGAGUCCUCGUUACCCCGCAAAAUGGCCUCAGUAUUACCAGUUACUACUGUAACACCUCCAAUGCCGCAUUCAAUGGCCCAGCUUUUUACCCCUCCACCACAAGACCCUCAUGCGCCAGUCAUGAAUGCCCGAUCAGAUCACUAUUGGACAUGCCCCAUGCCUACAGUCGGUGGAGGUACCAUCUGUGUGCCUGUGGCUGCAGCACUUCCACGGACUUUUAGGCGGGCUGUGCCAUCUUCUUCCUCUUCUUCUUCUCCUUCUUCUUCUUUUAGUGUUAAUAAGCCACGCGCACAAUCGAUAUCGAAUAGUAUAGGGUCCCCUGUUGAUUUGGAUGAAGAGGAAAAAGAAGAAUGUGUCGAAAGGGUAUCACUACCAUCACCAACACCUGUAUAUAGAGCACCUAGAAUGUGUGCGUCAACAAGUGCCCUAAGACCUCGUUCAAGUUCAAGUUCAGGGCCCCGCAUUGGGGAGGAAGAAGAUGAGAAUGAAAACGAGUUGCUUGUAUUGUUUCGGCAAAGACGACAAAAUUCUAUACAAAACCAGCAACAAUCCGAGUCUCUUUUACGACGAGACUCUGAACAGUUACAUGUGGAACAUUGCCAAGGAAGUACUCUAAAGGCUUCACCUAGUGUAAAGAGCCUCAAGUUUUUAAGAAAUAUGGAGUUUUUUGAAGAGCUUCAGCAGCAAACUCGGGCAGCGCUGCAAGAAAAAGCAGCUGCAGCUGCAGCGUUCAAUGAAGCGCGCAAACAAAUGAAUCCCGAACAAUUGGCAAAACAUCGUGAAAUGCUGGUAAUUCGUAACAAGUUGAGCUUGUGCGAAGCUGAGCAUAUUCUUGGAGUAAAGCGCAUUAUUUAA